UGCUGCUUCUAUAUUCUAAACAACACCUGAGCUCUCAUGUUUCGCCUUCACCAGACCACCUAAUUUUUAUAAUCUCACCGUCCAAACGAUAACUAGCGACAACAAAAACACAGAGAUUAACAAAUUACUGAAACAUUAAAAAGCAUCUCCUUCCCUUUAUAAAUCACAUCCCUCAUGCAUUUGCUCAAAAACACUCUCCACCAACCAGCCCAAAACACAACCAAAAUGGUGUCCCUAGAAAUUGUUCAGGCAACCUCUAGAUCCAUGGACACACCUUCCAGCCCCAGGAUUUCGUUCUCUGCCGAAUUCCUCGACGAAAAUAACUUCAUCUCCAUCACCCCAAAUGCCCAUCAGGGUGAGCAAGAUCUUAUAAUGGAGUGUGAUCAAAAGGUACGUAACCCGGAAUUCGAGUUUCUCUCAAGCAAUGUGAGUAGCCAUACCAUGUUAUCUGCAGAUGAGCUUUUUUUUGAAGGGAAGCUCCUUCCCUUUUGGCAAAAGCAGCAUGCUGAGAGGCUCAGCAAGCUUAGCCUCAAAACCAAAGAUGUUGAGGGAGAUGAGAAUGAGGAAGGGGUGAACAAGGAGGAGAACAGAGGGAGUUGGUUUGUUGAUGAUGACCCCUCUCCAAGGCCACCUAAGUGCACCGUUUUAUGGAAAGAGUUGCUGAAGCUGAAGAAGCAGCGCGCUUCAUCGUUGUCCCCAUCUUCUUCUUCCUCCUCUUCGACGUCUUCUUCGAGCUCAUUUGCUGAUGCAGCAACAGCAGAUCAAGAGAAGGAGGGGAUGGGGAACAAAGAGAAGUACAUGAAGAGGAUAAAGAAAGGGUUGGAGAGAACAAGAUCAGCCAGUAUAAGAAUAAGGCCAAUGAUCAAUGUGCCAAUUUGCACACAGGUGAAGAGCACUUCCUUGCCACCUUUGUUUCCUCUCAGGAAAGGAAGGCUAGAGAGGUGAGAGCAUUUAGGAAUUUGGUAGAAAGAAGAGGUUGGUUUGAUCUGCAGCAUUGUCCAAUAUGUUCAUUGCCUUCUCAAUUUUUUUUGUUCUUCUUUCUGGGUUUCAUUUAAGAUUUGUCUCAUGUUUAGAGUGUUGAUUAUGGUGGAUCUGAAAAAUCAUAAUGUAAAUGCUAACUUUCUA